UUAUCUUAUAAAAAAAGCGUUUAGUAGAAUUAUAUCACGCUUCUUAUGAGACUUUUAUAUCUCUAUCCUAUAAUUCCGCUGUCAAUUGUUUAGAAGAUCAUUAUGAGAUCAUUUCAAAUAUUUGGUUCUAUAAGGCAGCUAAUUUGCUAAUUGGGAUACUUCGGUAUUACGCACAUGACCGGAUUAUACAAACACAAUAUUUUGUGUAUUUGCUUGCAUUUGUAUACCAUUGGGAGCUGAUUUGUGAAAUCUUUUUUUGAUAUACCCUGAUAAGAAUGAAUUAAUGAUUGUAGAGAAUUUCAGCUAAAAUGGGUUCUCGUCCUCGAAUAGAAAACAGUCAGUAAGGUAAAAUAAUAAAGAUCUCAUCUCAUCUUUCUUUUCCAUAAUCGGAAUAUGUGGAUAUAGGAAAUUGCAGGUUUUGCAGUAUGUAGACUCUGAUUUGAAUUGAUCUUUGAAAGUGUAUGUAAUUUGUCUAUCGAUGACCUACAAAAAUGUUACCCGUUUUGCAUACAAAAUGUAUUUUAAAAAAGCCAACUCAGAAGCCAAAAAAAGCCAAAGUUCUGAGAAAUUGUGUCAUUGGAUUUGAGUCAUAUGGAGUGAAAAUGAAAUUGGUGAAUUAAGUAUGCAAACUUGUUGUCGUAGAAGGAAAAAGUGAAAGAAAGUAAAAUCUUUAAGAUGACUUCAAUGUUCCAAAUUGGCGAUUCCGCCAACAAAGCUUCAACUUCCGCACGUGUUUUUGGCCAAAAACUUGCAGACACUUCCAGGCAGCUCAAGUGACUACGUCGAGGAAUACGAUGAGAAAUCUAGUGGCUCUAUUCUUGGGAUUCAUAACUAUUGCUUCAGAAAUGGACGCUCUAAUCAGCAACAAUUUACCUGAGCAGGAUGAUUAUGGCCAAGAAAUUGCUUUCUACAAUCUGAGGGUUAAUCGCACAUUUACUAAGGGAUCAACAGUGGCUAGAGCUCGUCGUCCAGCUGAAAAAAACUGCCUUUGCACGCCGACUCAGUGCGAUUGCUGUGCAGGACUUAAGCUUCCCAGGCUCAAAUUCGAACGACAAAUCUGCACAAGGAUGAACUACAAUAGACACACAUCCUUGCUGAGGAUGGGAGUGAUCAUGAAUGGAAAACAAGUAGCUCAAAAUACAAUUUACGUAAGACAAUCUGACGGAUCAGAGGGAGGUGAAGGAGCAAAUCCCUCACCAUUCUGCCUGCCCAUACCCAUUCCCUUCUUCAAUAUUGAGCUCUGUGUGAAACUCUUUGAUCUCUCAACACCUGGCCCAAAUCUCCACAUGUGCAUGGACUGGCUGGCAAGGAUUGCAUCUGUACCUAUCAUUGUGCUCCACUUUGACUGCAUGCAGAUUGGAUUGGAUGGGGUGAGCUUCAUGAAACCGGGAGAAAGCAUCGAUGGACCUCCCAAUGUGAGUCCCAUUGGACCCACUGGAGGUAUCAUCGAACCCGGUUCUCCAGUAGCUCCUGGCUCACCAGUUGCUCCUGUUGCCCCAGUAGCUCCUGCCCCAGUCCAACCCCCAACCGAUACUGGUAUCAUAACGUCUCCAAGUGGUCCAAAUUUGCCCCAAGUUGGAGGAGAUGGGAGUGACUUUGAUCCAGUGGAUGACAUUAAGAAAAAACCUGUAUACUUUUAAUAUUGAAA